AUGAAGGUUACUUCGGCAACUGCUGUUUCCGCGCUGGUCGCGACCGCGUCGGCCCACGGAUUCGUCCAGCAGAUCAUGCUCGGCGAGAACCUCGUCAACACCUGGAACCCUUACAAAGAUCCGUCAAAGAAAGUCGAGAAGAUCACCCGCAAGUUCAAAGACAACGGCCCAGUCACCGAUGGGCUCUUCGAGACCGACGCCAUCACCUGCAACAUCGGAAGCGACAAGAACAACGUCCCCGCCACGGUGACUGCCAGUGUUGCUGCUGGAAGCAGUGUCAAGUUCAUGUGGACUGAGUGGAAGAGCGACCAUCCCGGCCCGAUCAUGACGUAUCUUGCCAGCUGCGGUGGCAAGUGCAGCGAGUUUGACGGCAGUACCGGCAAUGUCUGGGUCAAGAUUGACCAGUCUGGUUAUGAUGCCAAGGAGGCCAUUCCCUGGGCUAGCAAGCGACUGCCAGAGAACAACAGCACCUACACUGUCAAGCUGCCCUCCAAGAUUGCUCCCGGCGAGUACAUUCUACGACACGAAAUUCUCGGCCUCCAACGCACGAAUACGGACGGAAAGUUAGCGCAAUUCUACCCAGGCUGCCACCAGAUCACUGUUACUGGGGACGGAACGACCAAGCUCCCCGAAGGAAUCGCGCUUCCCGGAGCGUACAAGGCUGAUGAUACCAAGUCGAUCUUUCUUGACUACCGAAAGGUCACUGAGUAUACUCCUCCUGGUGGGCCAGUUUGGGGCGAUGAUGGAUGGGCCCAGUAG